GAGUGUCAGUCCGCGUGUGGGUGAUUAGGGAGAUGGGCUGAAGCAGUAGAGGACGCAGGAGAGCUGAUCCUCCGUGAAGAGAGCGGAGGGGUGUGUGAUGAGCAUGGCGGACCAGGAGCUGAAGGGGGUUUGUACAGAAGAGGAGGUGAAGCAGAGAGGCCGGAGAGUGGAGGAAGGAGAGACUCAGGGGGAGUGCAGCGCCACCGAGGAUGAAACUCGGGGAACACACACGCUAACAGACCAGCAAGAGGCUCCCUGUAGUAACAAGGAUGAGGAGUGUCUAGCCUGCCAGUCAGUAUCAGUCCCUACUGAGACCUCAGAACAUCAGCUGCUCUCAGACCAAAAAGCACAGCCAGCUGUUGAGCUCUUGACCUCAAAACAAACACUUGACUGCCUACACGAGCCUUCUCCUCAUCUUGGAGUCUUAGGAGAAGACCAGGAUGGAAAAAACAAAUUCCAAGGACAUGGAGGAAAGGAUGAUGGAUCUGAUUCUGUUGAACUGAACCAGGAGCAGGAACACAAUGAUCUGGAGGCUGUGGGGAGAGACCAAGAGCCAGAACAAAAGCAAGGGAACCAGGAGACCCCAAAAAACACAACACACUCAGAGAACAUUGAGAACCAGAUGAGGCCAACACCAGAUCAGCAUGACCAGAAGGAUGCUGUCCCAGUUGUGAUGGUCACCAGCUUAGAAGAGGCACAGGCAUCAGUAGAGAGGCAGGCAGAGGACAGUGCAGAAUCAGAAGAGCAGGAGGACACUGUGUCUGCUGAUGCCAACCCUGCUCCCAGUCCCAGUGACAUCACUGACUUCAGCGGCAGUGACCUGCAGUCCCUCAAGAGUGACACCUUGUCUCUGCUUAGCGAAACAGCCAUCUCAGGCAAGAGUGAUGAACAUGAAAGCCUUGAGGAAGAUACCAGGAGUGUAGCGGCAUCCUCUGUCAUGGAAGGCCCUGAGGAAGAUACUAGGAGUGUUACAGCAUCCUCUGUCAUGUCUCUCUUCCAGAGGAUGCAGAUGGACCCUCUGGAGCGGGAGUGGUUACGGUGUGCAGCAUUAGGGAAUGCUUCUGGUCUGCGCCAACUCCUGCUGCAGGACCCCACCCUGGCCCCCAAAAAGUUUACGGCGCUCCACUGGGCAGCCAAGCAGGGCCGCAUAGAGACAGUGGACAUGAUGGUUCGCUCUGGCGCAGACGUCAACCAGAGAGCGCACGGGGGGUACACACCGCUUCAUCUGGCCUCUCUGCAUGGACAUGCCCACAUUAUUCAGCUCUUGAUUCAUAACUAUAGAAAGUCGUUACAGCAGGAGGGAAAAAGCGAAGAUGCUAAAGUAAACAUUAGAGACUACCAUGGCAAGAUGCCCUGUCAUUACUGGAAUGGAAGCAUGGACGUUUUCAACACUGCUGGCUCUCAGUCAGGUGGGAAGUGGUCAAGAGGGAGGCGUGGUCAGCGCUAUGGUCAGUUAUCAGCUCUUCUGUCUCGCUCUCGAAGUCAGGGAAGCCUCAGUAUAGAGCUGGAGCCUGGCUCCCUGGAGCUAACACCUCGCCUUCUCCCUCGUUCUGAAGCUAACUUUCAGGCCUUCAUGGACACAUUCUGAAUGGAUCUUGGCUUGAACCUAACACUGUUCUACAUUGUGCUUUAGAUAGAUGAGGUUCACUUUAAAUUUAGCUGACAUUCUUGUCACUGUGCCAUUUGGGUGGGUGAUGUGAUGACAUAAAAUCAUUAUUACGAUAAAUGAUGUGAUGACAAGUCAUAAGUGUGUACUCAGAUCUUAAAAACACUGACCAAUUGCACGUUUCAUUAUAUAGAGAUUUAGAUGGGCUCGCACCUGCUGUAGCCGUUUGAGUUUUCUUCCUGUCAGUAGAUUGCGAGUUUAAAUCCUGGAUAGAGCAUAAUUGGCAGUGUUUAAUUAGAUGUAAUGACACACAUUAUGUGUGUCAUGGCCCUCAUACCAUCCUCAUGGAGUCGGUUUCUAACCGUUUGUGCAGAUACAUGGACAUUUGUGGCCUG